UACCAGUCCAAAUACAUUACCUGCUUAUAAGGGAUGAGAACAGAAACGGGGGCAUGUGUGGUAUGACACCAAGUGAGUUGGGCUUGAUGGCAUGGGAACAAAAAAGUGGACUCGGAACCGGCGCCUCGCAGAGUGUAAAUCCUGAUUUGGCGACGGGCAGUGGGAGUUGGGUACGCGAAACAAACAGCCAUUCAAGUUGGUUGGAUUGGGGUUACUGCGAGUCCAUGUCGACGUUGCCUAGAUUGAUUUCAAACGGGCUCCGCUUGAAAAUUCCUUCUUGAUUGGUCAUAUUGAAUUCCCUGACUUGCGUGAGCCAGAGGCAUGCAACUUGAG